AUGCCCCGGCCGCUUUUCGAUGAGAAUAUGUGGAAUAUUCAGGAAAUAAAGGCUGUUCAGGUGCACCACACAAGAAUGGCGAACGGAUUCAUUUUCGGUGUCAAUGGAAAGCGAGUGGUGUUUUCCGGGGAUACGAAACCCUGUGAUUUGUUGGUAGAGGAAGGGCAAAACGCUGACCUUCUCAUCCAUGAGGCUACAUUCGAAGAUGGACAUGAGGCGGACGCUCUGAAGAAAAAGCAUUCAACGAUGGGCCAGGCUGUUGAAAUUGGUCGGAAGAUGAAGGCACGAAAUGUUAUUUUGACUCAUUUUAGCGCCAGAUAUCCAAAGGUACCUGAGCUCCCGGCAUAUCUAGAGAAGGCAGGAAACGUUGGUGUGGCCAUGGACAAUUUGAGUGUUCGCUUCGACCAGCUCGGCUUGGUACCGAAACUGAUACCAAUCUUUAGGGAGGUCUACCAGGAAGAACUGUUUGAAAUAGAACUGCGAAGGGAGACACGCAAUUUCAAACAGAAGGAGGAGCGUGAAUCGAAGAAGAAGUCCGAGCUAAAGUCACGAGAAAACACCGUCGCGAAUUAG